GCCGCUGCCGCACGCCGGCCUGUCUGGCCUCUGUGAGGCCCUCAGCGGCCUCCGCCGACCCGGAACCUGGGACCUCGCUGCUGCGCCGCGCCCCGCCCCGCCCAGCCUCCGCAGAGCCCCUUCCGGGUGACAGCCGGUCUACGCAAUGGUGUCCCCUCUGCCACGGAGCAAUCCAGCAGCAGCGCUGCCCGGGAGGAACUCACAAUCUAGCGCUAGAAGGUAGUCAGCAAAUGUAUCCAGCCCAUGAGAGGGUGAGGCCCCUGGAAACGGGGAGGUCACCCUGGCUGGUCAGUGGCGGAGGGCCACUCUGGACUCAGCCAGGACGCCACUACCAACCCUUCUCAUCCCAUAAAGGCGGUUUGACCAAGCCAGAGGUGUUAAAACAUAAAUGACGUUGAGGGGCCGGUCUUCCUGGCUGAAGGCAGAAGGUUCUUGUGGCCCAGACAGCCUUCAUGUGGAAAGUAAAACGUGUGUGUGGCAAAGAAGUGGCUCACUUGUGCGCCACAGAAUCAAGCACUGUUUAAGUGGACACAUUGCUCUGUGCUUUGAUCCUCUGGCAUUGACUAUGUCCAUGCCCACCGAGGGCACCCCACCACCCCUAAGUGGUACCCCCAUCCCAGUUCCAGCCUACUUCCGACAUGCAGAGCCUGGUUUCUCUCUCAAAAGGCCCAGGGGCCUCAGCCGGAGCCUUCCACCUCGGCCCCCUGCCAAGGGGAGCAUUCCUAUCAGCCGUCUCUUCCCUCCUCGGACCCCAGGCUGGCACCAGCCCCAGCCCCGGAGGGUGUCAUUCCUGGGUGAGACCUCAGAGACCCUGCAGAGUCCUGGGUAUGACCCGAGCAGGCCAGAGUCCUUCUUUCAGCAGAACUUCCAGAGGCUUAGCCGCCUGGGUCAUGGCUCCUAUGGAGAGGUCUUCAAGGUGCGCUCCAAGGAAGAUGGCCGACUCUAUGCUGUUAAGCGCUCCAUGUCACCAUUCCGAGGCCCCAAAGAUCGGACUCGAAAGCUGGCUGAGGUAGGCGGCCAUGAGAAGGUGGGGCAGCAUCCACACUGUGUGAGACUGGAGCAGGCCUGGGAGGAGGGCGGCAUCCUAUACCUGCAGACAGAGCUCUGUGGGCCCAGCCUGCAGCAACACUGUGAAGCAUGGGGGGCCAGCCUGCCAGAGGCCCAGGUUUGGGGCUACUUGCGGGACACUCUUCUGGCGCUGGACCACCUACAUAGUCAAGGCCUAGUUCACCUCGAUGUCAAGCCUGCCAACAUCUUCUUGGGGCCCCGAGGCCGCUGCAAGCUGGGUGACUUUGGACUACUGGUGGAGCUGGGUUCAACUGGCGCUGGUGAGGCCCAGGAGGGAGACCCUCGCUACAUGGCCCCAGAACUGCUGCAGGGCUCCUACGGGACAGCUGCAGAUGUGUUCAGUCUGGGUCUCACCAUCUUGGAAGUGGCCUGCAACAUGGAACUGCCUCAUGGUGGGGAGGGCUGGCAGCAGCUGCGCCAGGGAUACUUGCCCCCUGAGUUCACUGCUGGUCUGUCUGCUGAGCUGCGUUCUGUCCUCACCAUGAUGUUGGAACCUGAUCCCCAGCUGCGAGCCACAGCUGAGGCCCUGCUGGCCCUGCCCAUGCUGAGGCAGCCACGUCCCUGGAAUGUUCUAUGGUAUAUGGCUGCAGAAGCCCUAAGUCGAGGUUGGGCCCUGUGGCAGGCACUGAUCACUCUGCUCUGCUGGCUCUGGCAUGGCCUGGCUCAUCCUGCCAGUUGGCUGCAGCCUCCAGGCCCACCAGCCACACCGCCUGGCUCUCCACCUUGCAGCCCCCUCCUGGACAGCAGCCUCUCCAGCAGCUGGGAUGAUGACAGCAUAGGUCCCUCACUCUCCCCAGAGACCAUCCUGUCCCGGAUCACCAGGAGAACCUCUACCCCUCGAAGCAGGUACACACCAAGGGAUGCCCUGGACCUAACUGACAUGGACUCCGAGCCUCCUAGAGGUCCCUGCCCCACCUUUGAGCCACGGAACCUCCUCAGUCUGUUUGAGGACUCGUUAGACCCAGCCUGAGCCACAAGUUCAGCCUUGGUGCUUUUAAACCUCUGACCCUCUUUCCUACCUCCUCCCCAAAACUUCUGUAUCUAAUAAAAGGUAAUGAAUCUUGGGAGCACCCAAGGUUGUUCAUGUGGCAACA